GGCUCUGCUGAGCGCGUUUGUAAUUCACAGGACCGCAACUCUCGAUUUCAUAGCAUGAGGAAGAAUUUACUGAAAGUUCUGGAGGAAAGAUGGAAAUGUUACAGACACAGAUUCGUUCCCUGGAUUGCUUUAAAUCUGAGGAAAAACGACAGGACCCUUCGCCAGGUGAAACAGCGAGCUGAAGACAAGCGGUUGGACGAUGACCAUGUCCUCGCGUCCCUCGUGAGACUUUUUACCGAGCUGCUUAGAAACGACGCGAGCAAUCACACCGAACAGCUUCGCCUGUUACCAGAGUCCACUCGCCGCCAUUACUACAUUACCCACAAUGCCGCGGUGCGCAGCCCGGAAGCGCCGCCUGGCGAGGUUAUGCUGCACACCCUGGGCUUCUGUGUGGAGAAAAUGGCCAGCUCUCUGCCAGGCGCAGGAGUUGGGGUGUUUGUUACCCGGGGACAGGUGCCCAAAGGUGUACCUGUAGCCAUGUAUCCAGGAACCAUCUAUCAGGCCGACGAACCCAUUUUCUUCCAGUCCAUUCGGAACCCGUUUGUAUUUCGAUGCAUCGAUGCUGUUUUGAUCGAUGGCAAUGAUAAAGGACUCUCCAGGCUAGUCUUUCAGUCAUGCAGUGGGCGGGAUCGACUUGGCCCAUUUCGUUUGAGCGACAGCUCUUGGUUGACUCCCUUCCCAGAAAACCCCCUGGCGGUGGGGCAGUAUGUCAACAACUGCUCCAAUGAAAAGGCUGCCAACGUGUGCUACCAGGAAUUUGACGUUCCCGAGGAUUUUCCUAUAGAAUUUCGUCAGUAUCUUCCUAAUGUUAAUUACAGACAUAAUGUACAAAGGCAAGAAACAAAUUCACUUGAUUUAAUGGACUUAAUUUUAGUACUACUGAAACAUCCAUCUUGUUUAUCACCACUAAGUCUGAUGUGGUUUCUCUUUCAGGAGGUUGCGCUGUGUCAUUCUUGUGUCAUUAAGGGAGAUUAACAGUGGUGAAGAACUUUUCUCCAAUUAUUACACCAUAGUGCAUGAGUCUUGAUUAUGCCUCCUCACAACCUGUUUCAAUGACAGUAAAGAAAAGUUUCUCUUA